AUGUCUGUCACUAAUCCUGGGUGGUGUGCAGGCGACACCAGCGAUGCUGCAAAGGCACUUCAUACCCUGCUGAAGAAUUUAGAAUCCCACAAAGGAGGCAAACGGAAGCACAGGGACGACUUGCAGUAUCUGCAACACUACUUGCUCCCAAGGCUUCGCCUGAUCGGAGCUUACAUCAAAGCCAUUGACGAUAGCGACAACCAUCCGCGCAAAGGAGAGUGGGAGGCUGAUCUGAGAACUCUGGCACAGGCCUGGCAAAAGUUCGAAGAGUACCUCAAGAGCCGGCAUGGGCUCCUGUCUGAGAACCCUAGCGACGGUGGUGUGAAAGAAGACCUGGCUUGGACCUGGGAUGAGCUCUCAGAGAAAAUCAAAGAGAUCAAGCUAACAGCCAGGGGUGCUUUGGACGAUAUCGAUAGACUCAUUCUGCUCGAGAUAUGCGAGAGGUUCGGCCUCGUCCUGCCGAGACUGGACAACAUGUUCGAGAAGAUUGAAAGUUACGGCGAAUGCGUGUCGACCUACCGGAAGGACGUCCAGGAAGUGUUGUACACGAUCCGCUCCAACAAGCAGGAUUUCAAAUCGCUGAAGAGCCUGCUUCACGGGAGCAUGACCGGCCUCGCCGAAAAGAUCAGCGACAGCCAGAGCGAGACUGAAGCCAUCAAGUCGCAGCUGCAAGCCAUGUCGGAAAAGCUGGACCGCCUGCUGGCCCGGCUUGCCGAACAGCGCAGCGACUGCACCACCAAGACCGACAGGAAGUACCUGGACCAGCUGAUCAAGGAAGUCAAGAAGCAAGCCGCCUCGGUCGCGCGUCUGCGGGCCUCGAUCGACGAGACCAUGGGCCUCAUGGCCGAGUUCUUGCGGGCUUUGGAGAAACUGGAUGUCAGAAAGGGGAUUUCGCAUUGUGCCGCCGGCGCGCUCGCAGACUUGAACGACAUGCUGAGCAAGACGACGAGUUCGCUGGAAAGACUCUGCGAGAGCCUCAUGCGCCAGACCGCGCACGUCAUGUUCAAGAAGGCUUGGUUCUGGCGACGAGAAAAGUCGACAGACGAAGCUCCCUCUUCCGAUCACGACAACAGCGAGUCCCAUGAGAGCCCAUCGGAGUCUCAGCCGGCAUCUCCGAGCGCGACGAACGGUGAGGACACCGAGUCCGCAGAUUCCAGUACACUCCUCGAGCAGUCGCCCGCCCCUUCGAAUACAAAUACCGAUGCCGCCCUGUCAGAGACCACCACGUCUUCAUCACCACCCAUGAGUAUGGCACUGCCAGCCAAGUCUGCAGGAAUCUCCAUCCAAGACCUGGCCAUCAUCCUCGCGUCGUCACCGGAAGAAGCAGCAGAAGCAGCAACAGCCAUCACCUGGGCCUUGUCAACGACCUCUACUACUACUUCUCCACCGCCUCUGCCGCGCAAGUCUUCGGCCCGCAAAUCCUACCAAUACGUGCUGCGCAGCCUGUCUCAGCGCCAAAGCCACCUGGAGCUUCCCUCUCUGCCUGCUGUUCCGGGCCGGACGACUCCACCACCACCGCCGGCAGCAGGAGCAGGAUUAUCACCGAGACCAUCAUCGCGGCAACACUCGAAAUCGUCGUCGUGGUCGUCAAUGUCCUUGGCGCUGUCGUCGUCGGAGAUGGACUCGCCGUGUCCGCAGAUAUUUUCGGCGCCAUCGUCGUUGCCCUCUGCGCCGUCGUCCGUCUACGAGUCUUCGAUCCCGGAGAUCACGACCUCGUAUGCUUGUGCUGAUGAUACCACUGCUGCUGCCGCGGCCGCCGCCGCCGCCGUGGGGGAGAGUGCCAAGGAAUCAUCGCUCCUCGAUCAGCUCGAGCGGCGGUAUAGCUCGGCAGUCGUGCCGGCGUGCACCUAG